GACGAGUUCGUCAUGUUCAGGCAGGUUUGUGCAGUUAAUCAACCUCAACGUCUACAGCACACACUGUGAGGGAAAUCUCAGAGAUGUGACUGCGCAGUCCAAACCUCAAUGACAAACUGUGUGUGGCUACCUUUAAAGGGGAAUUUCAAGAUAUCGUAAUAUAUACAUAAACUAGAGUUAGUACCUACUAUAAUACCUGAUUCACUUAGAAUGGACUUUCAUCGUUAUAAAUGUAAUUAGAAAACUAUACGGCCCGAUUCAAAUUAAGCUUAAAUGGACCAUGAUCGACAGGAAAGCUGAAUGUGUAAAAAAAAUCCAUAAGCGAAAUUAUAAAAAAUUCUUUAGUUAGUACCCCAACAUUUCAAUUGACCAUUUCCAGUGUAUUUAUCGGAAACGACAUUUAUAACCACUUCUAGCCAUAGAUCUAAGAGCACUGUGAAAGAGGAGAACAAGUAUGGAAGCAUAUCUAAUUGUAAGUGUAGCUGUAAAUAUUGCGUUAGUGGCUUCAGAUAUGACUUGCAACCAAACGUCAAACUUAUGUUCAACUUCAGGUUGUAUUCACGCAGCGUCGAGUGUUUUAAGUAAUAUUGACGCAAGUGUUGAUCCCUGCGAUGACUUUUAUCAAUUCGCAUGCGGCAACUUUAUCAAACAAGCAAUUCUACCGGACGAUAAAGAUGAAGCUUCAUCCUUCCAAUUUACGAACGACUUGAUUAAACAACAGCUAAGAGUAGUACUGGAAGAAAAUGUCACGGCGGAAGAACCACAUCCUUUCACGAUACUUAAGAAGGUAUAUCAAGCAUGCAUGAAUACCACUGCAAUUGAACUGGAUGGAUUAACCACGAUAAAAUCAAUUUUACGAAAACUAGGCGGAUGGCCGGUGUUAGAAGGACAAACGUGGGAUCAGGAAAGAUUUGAUUGGAAACAGUCCGUUUACAAAUUUCGUAAUUUCGGUUUUACUUUUGAUUAUUUCAUUACCGUUGAUCUUGGGAUAGAUAUGACAAAUUAUUCACUGAAUAUGCUCUAUAUAGGGCCAGCAGACGUGCGUCUUUCAACAAAUGACCUCAAAUCGUACUUUCAUAAAACGGUAUACGUUGCCAGUGUCUUAGGUGCUACAAAAAGUGAGGCUCAAAAGGAACUUUAUGAAUCAUUCAAAUUUGAGUUUCGUUUAAGGAAGAUUGCAAGCCAAUUUCGAGAACCAACAAAUUUUAGCUUGUACCAUCGCAUGUCUGUAUCAGAACUACAACAAAAAGUUCCUAAUAUUCCUUGGUUGGAGUACUUGAAUUCAGUAUUAAACGUACCCAACAUUACCAUUAAAUCCUCUGAUGUAAUCAUAACAGCACAUCCUACUUAUUUCUCCCAGUUGGAGAAAUUGCUCAUCAAUACACCAAAAAGAGUACAGGCAAACUAUCUUAUGUGGAAAACUGUCGAAUCAUCGCUACCUUAUCUUACAGAGAAGUUGCGACACAGCUCAACGCCGUACACGUAUUCAACUUUUGGUUGGAAGAAAUGUGUCGGUUUAACUUUAAAGAGCAUGCCAACUGCUACCAGUGCCUUAUACGUUCGGAGAUAUGUCCAAAAUGAUACCAAACUAAAUACUAUAGAAAUGGUUUCCUAUAUUAAUAACGAAUUUAUCAACAUGAUAAAAAGGGCUGACUGGCUGGAUGAUACAAAAAAGCAGCAUGCUUUUGAAAAAGUCGCAACUAUGUCAUCUCGCAUUGCGUACCCAGACGAACUUCUCUCGGACGAAAAAUUGGAAGAAGUCUAUAAAGCGUUACAUGUGAAGUCUGACAACUUUCUCAAAAUGAGCCUUAGUAUUCAACUCUUUGAUUAUGAAAAUACACCAAAUGGUUUAGUAUUGCCAGUGAAUGAAACUGAUUGGUUUAAAUUCGGGGAAAUAGCUGUUUACGUCAAUGCACACUACAAUAGACUAUUUAACACUAUAAUAUUGCCUGCCGGUAUAUUACAAGGCGUCUUUUUUAACAAUGAUAGGCCACGUUAUAUGAACUACGGUGCAAUAGGUUUCAUAAUUGCCCACGAAAUUGUUCAUCGAUUCGACGAUGUGGAAGAUUGGCCACCAUCUAAAGAAGAAAUAUUUAUAACAAAGGCCCAGUGCAUGAUUGACGAAUAUGGAAACCAUUCCGUACCCGAAUUGGGAUCAAAUCUAACCGACUUUUGGUCGCAAGGAGAAAAUAUAGUAGGUAACGGUGGUAUAAGAAAUGCAUAUUUGGCAUACAAUGAAUGGGUUCGACGCAAUGGAAAGGAACCGCUUCUCCCCGGUCUCAACUACACCGAUAGGCAAUUAUUUUGGAUUUCGGCUGCGAACGUUUGGUGCGAAAAGCUGGUACCGAUUGUCGCGAAUAGGGAAAUUGGUACCGAUGAGCAUUAUCCUUUCACAUUUGAAAUAAAUGCUCUUCUAAGUAAUACGGUUUAUUUUGCUAAUGAUUUUAAUUGCAAUAUGGGAAGCAAAAUGAACCCCGUUAGUAAGUGCGAAGUUUUGAAGUAAUGAUAAUCUUUAUUUAAGCGAUAAUUUUGGUAUGUUUAAGAAAUAAUCUUCACUUACAACAACUAAUUCUAAAUGUAAAUAAAACAACUACUCUCUG